AUGUUUGGUGCGGCUCCACAUGAUUCGAGCCGUGGCGCCAAGGACCACUCACCCGGCUCGUGGAUGGGGGUGAAGAGUAUUGGACGAGGAGUGAAGAUCACGGCAAAGACGGCCAAGAGAACGGUGCCUCGCCAAGAAGUCCUUAUGCCCAGACGGAAAGUAGGAGUGGGAACGGUGGGAAGGGGAAUAGUGUACCUACAUGCCACGAGGUACGUAAAGAAGGCGUCUGCACAAGCAUCUUUUUGUUCGACCAACGGACUUGGGGGCUCUUGGUAG